AUGGCCCAGUGGACCGCCGAUAAAUGGUCUGAAUUCGGGUUGAAAUCGUCUGUUGUUCCGUAUACUGUUUACUUGAAUUAUCCGGAAUCACAGUCACUGUCACUCUCACUGGCCAACGGGACUAGACAUGAAGCAAAUUUGAAGGAAGCGGUGCUGCCCGAGGAUGAAACAACAAGCUAUCCAAAUAGAAUUCCAACUUUUCAUGGAUAUUCAGCCAGUGGUUCCGUGACGGCAGAGUAUGUAUAUGUUGGCUAUGGGCGGAAAACCGACUUUGAUCGACUCCGGGAACUUGGGGUUGAUCUCAAAGGAAAAAUUGCCCUCGCUCGUUAUGGUGGUCUUUUCAGGGGACUCAAAGUAAAGAAUGCCCAAGAAAACGGAAUGGCUGGCUGUGUCAUGUUUAACGACAUUGCCGAUGAUGGAAAUCUGACUGAAGCAAAUGGCUAUGCAGCAUAUCCUCACGGUCCAGCACGAAAUCCAACAUAUAUCCAGAGGGGAUCUGUUCAGUAUCUUUCUAUCAACCCCGGUGACCCCACUACUCCAGGAUACCCCUCAAAACCAGGCUCUGUCCGCCAGGACAAGAGUAAUUUUGUUCCAAAGAUUCCCUCCCUGCCAAUCUCCUGGAUAGAUGCUCAGCCAAUUCUCGCGGCUCUCGAUGGCCAUGGUAUUACAGGCAAACAGGUUAACACUAGUGGAUGGGUUGGCCGUUUAAAUGCUUCUUACUCAACGGGGCCCGCUCCAGGAGCUAAACUCACCUUGAAGAAUAGUAUGCGUGAUGUCUAUACUCCGAUUUGGAACGCGGUUGGAAUAAUAAAUGGCACAAGCCAGGACGAGGUUGUUGUCCUUGGGAACCAUCGCGAUGCAUGGAUUAUAGGAGGUGCCGCAGAUGCAAAUUCUGGAUCGUCUGUUAUGGUUGAACUGGCGAAGGCUUUUGGGGCGUUGCAAAAGGCCGGUUGGAAACCCAAACGUACUAUUGUUAUGUGCUCUUGGGAUGGAGAGGAAUAUGGCCUUGUAGGCUCUGUAGAAUGGGUUGAAGAAUAUCUUCCAUGGCUAAAAGCAGCUGCAGUAGCAUAUCUUAAUGUCGAUAUUGCAGUUGGUGGGCCAAACCCAACAUUUGAAUCGUCGCCACAGAUGCAUGAGCUUGUAACUGAGUCCAUGAAAAAGGUUGUAUAUUCUGUCAAGGGUUCACAGAACACGACUGUCUAUGACAUAUGGAGAGCGGGAGGCUCCUACAUUGGCGUUCUUGGUGCCAGUUCCGACUAUGUUCCUUUUGUGCACAACGGCAUCCCAUCGGUUGACUUAGGCAGCUACGGUGGCCGUACCGAUCCUAUUUAUCAUUACCACUCAAACUACGACUCAUACCACUGGAUGAAAAACUUCGGUGACCCUGGCUACAAAACACAUGCUGCCAUAGGCAAGGUUCUUGGUCUGAUGGCAUAUAACAUGGCUACUGAAAAGAUAAUUCCCUUUGACGUUGCUAACUACCCGACAGAAUUGAACAAGUAUCUCGCCAAACUCAAGGAGCUUCUAGCAAAAUCAAAUGUGAAACUCGAUCUGUCUAAACUGGAGCUAUCUAUUAAAACCUUUACAGAAGCCGUGAAGUUGUUCACGGCAACGAAGCAACUAGCUAAUAUUACAAAAGACAAUGAGCUAUUGGAUACGGUAAACCAUAAAAUGAGGGACUUCGAACGAGCUUUUGUGACACAAGGUGGCUUACCAGACAGAGCAUUUUAUAAGCAUGUCAUUUAUGCCCCAGGUGUAGACACGGGUUAUGCUGCAACAACUUUCCCUGGGAUCACAGAGGCAGUCCAAUUCGGCCAGAAGCAAAAACUGGCACAAGAAUGGGUGGAAAAGACCAGCAAUGGUAUUUUCACGGCUGCUAGAAUACUAACCCUUGGUACAAAGGAUUUUUAA